UUCGUCAGCCAAUCAGAUUCAAGCAUUCAAGGCCGUAGUACAAACAGAUGUAAAAUCCACAUUAUCGUCUUUUAAGUUAACACACCAUAUUGGAUUGCUGUCAUAUGCCUCUUGUCCUCCAAAUUUCGCUGUCGUUACUUCCGAUUCAAAACAAGUCGAGAAGGUUGAAUAGUCCAGACGUUGCAGUUUACACUUUACACAGCUCACGCUGUUCGGGAAAUCCGCUGUCCACCGACAUGCAAGGCAGUGCUGAUCAACAUAUGGAUGUAGAUCAGGGUUCUAAUUAUCAGCAGGCCCCACAUUCAUCAAGCAGUGUUGAUCAUCAAAUGAUGCAAAACAGUCAAGUCCUGCAUGAUCAGAAUUUAGCGGCAAGCAGAGCUGAAGGUCAAGACUCUGGAUCAUCUCUGGAUGAACGGAAGCAUCAAGAUAUCCCAAAGGUUCAAAAUAACAAAUCACAGACAGAGAAGGACAUUUGUAGAGAUGGUGUUGAAAGCAGAACCCAGUCACAACCACCAGCACCAGAGGAUAUUGCUACAUUUAAAAUCAAAGUGAUCAGUCCAACACCAUUUCCAGCGAAGUGGAGAUGUAAAUUAGAGAAAGCCCUUCAGAGCUGGUUUAUUAAACUGGAAAAGAAAAGAGAAAAGCGAGCAUCAGUCCUCAGCCUUACACUCAUGAAUGAUGGCUGUGCAGAGGUGGAGGUAACACCAUCAACAGCUCUAGAAGCUUUAAAAAAACACAUGGCUUUAUCUUUGAACAUUAAAACUGAAAAUGAGGACGUGGCUGUACUGAUUUGUCUGGAUGAAACCCAUUCUGUGACCGUAUCACAAAACUCCUCCGAGCCGGGCAAGAACAGGAUUUCAACAUCAAAGGUAAACUGCACUCAACCUGUGACCUCAGAUGACACAAAUAAUGGUGCAGAAGCUGCUGCAUCUAUUAUAGUUCCCAGUGAGACUAAGACUGCUGAAAAACAUCCAGAGACCUCAUCUGGACUCACUGUUCCCCUGCAUCAGUUCUGGUAUCUGCAUCAUGCUUACAGAAAGGAGCUGGAGCUAAUUGAGAAAAAACAUGGAGUCUCUAUGCAUGCAGAAGUGUCGGUGUCAUUCAAAUCCACCCAGAGAUCAAGCAGUGAUUCUGUCUCCAAAGCCUCGGAGGACUUUCAGAAACUUGUAUCUGAAUGUGUGGAGAGUUUUAGCGAAGCUGUCAUUAAUCAUAAUGACAUCGAUUCAUAUGCUGUAAAGGAGGCCCGUCAUUACAUCCAGUCAGAGAAGACAAAGAUGUUGUUCACCAUGUCUGCCAGUGACUGCCGGUUCUUUGGACCGAAGCAAUUUACAGACAUCAUUGAAAGAGAGACAACAAGAUUAGAAAACCAAUUUAAAAACAAAUCAAAUGAAUUGGAUGUAGAUAACAUUUGUCCACAAAGCAGAUCUUCAUUGGUCAUGGACACAAAAGACUUUCCGACUCAACUUGAGAUGGAUAAGGUACAUUGGGAUCUGAUUAAACUUUCCUAUAAGGAACAAUUAUUACAGCUUGAAACAUAGUACGGAGUGUUAUUUCAUGGAGAAAAACUGCAGAAAAAUGUCUUUAAGGUUCAUGCGCGAUCCAAAGGAGAUCAGCAUAUUAAUCUUGAAAGUCAUGCCCUCAGAGCUUUAACACAUCUCUACCAGAAACUAGCCUCGGCCGCUGUCAGCUGUGAACUCCCAAAACCUACAGAUCAAACUGCUGUGGCCCCAAUAGUAGAGAAACUUCAGCAGCAGAAUUACUGUGUUGUUGCUGCAAAUGAAUUCAGUCCCUGGAAGCUUGUUGGACUGCCAGAACAUCUUGGUCCCGCCAUUGCUGAUAUUGAGAAGAAACUUCAGAAGCAUGUGUUUGAUGAAAAGAUGAAGAAACUUAUUGGAUACUCGGGUGACAUUCCUCAUGCAAGAGGAAUCAGGUGGAAUCGGACGCCUGAAUAUGGCCCAGGAGCAGUGGAUGGAGCAGCUGGAGAUGAAGACGUGAAUUCUAGAGGGCGAGAUCAAACAGAGAGUCGUUUCAAUAAAGAAUCAGAAAUAAAUGCUAAACAUGAGAGUAAAGGUGCUCAUGCUGAAGAGGAGAUGUGUACUAUU